CCGCCUUUGAAAAAGAAGUAGGUCAAGUUCAGAAUACUUAUAUGUAAUGUAAUGUAAUAUUUGAUUUUGUUUCUUCUUUUUCCAUACACUGCUGUCUUUCUGUUCAUCAAUGUAAAGAUGAAUUAGGUUUAGCAGGUUCUGUUUUCGUACAACACUCAAAAACAGGUCUUAGAAGGCAAACGGGGAUACGGCCGCUCGCAUGGCAUGAACUGCUCCUGCUUAGUAAAAAUAGACCAGAGAAUAUAGAUAUGCAGUUGGCCAUGUGCGCCCAGAGGCAUGUUUGAUCUUCUCCCAAUGAGCAUUCGAUGUGCCCUCCUCCCACCACAAACCUCCAUGAAGUAUUUGAGAAACAAUGCUGUUCAUUCAGCACGCAAACCUUGAACCACACCGGCCUUGAAAUAAACCGAUCCGUCUUUGUCAUGGAGGUCAGAAACAGAAAAGAAUAUCAGCCACGCAGGUGGUCUGGGGGAGGGGGAAGUGUUGCCUUUCAGCCGCUGGAUCAGGCUUUUAAUGGGGGCUCGUCGCCGUGCUACGGAACGAGGAGCAGAGCAGACAGGAGAUGUGUCUUAUAGGUCUAAUGAGAGCGCAUUGGCAUCUGUCACUGGGUAGGGCUGUGUGUGGCUGCCCAAGGUUACCAAGCUGGUGCAAAGCAAAUCAGGCAAUUUAUAUUUAGCCUUGCAAAUGGCGCGCAAUGGAUUAUGUCUUGGGGCUCUCCAGUUUCGUCUUCAGUGCGUUUUGUAGCGUUAAGGGGGGCUUGUGAAUGAUGAAGAGGCUGCUAUUCAGACACUUCAUCUGGCGGGGGGGGACGUGUUUAUGGUCUCACAUACUUCUUCCGGAGGUGGAGGGCUAUUCAGAGAGUCCAAAAGGCACCAAAGAAGACACGUGUGAGUUGGAGUGACAGUUGUGUUAAGGGGGAGCAGGCAGUUGUGUCCCAUAGCAGCAGAGGACAACCAGUGGGAUUGGACAUAUCACAGAUUACUUCACCAGGUUACUGACAUUGGGGAGUAAACAGGACCAUGGAUGUACUCGCAGCAGAGGCCAAGAGUGUGAAUGGAUCAGAACCCGAGAAGAAGUCUUCAUCGAGGCCAAAACCUAAACCUCCCAAAAAGGCCAAAAGGAUUGUUUACUUUGAGGUGGAGAUCGUGGACUUAAAGACUAAAGAGAAACUGCUGCUGCUGGAUAAGGUGGAGCCAACGGCCACUGUUUUGGAUAUCAAAGCUUUAUUUCACAAAUCAUAUCCAAAGUGGUAUCCAGCCAGACAGUCCCUGAGUUUGGAUCCAAAGUCAAAGUGUCUCAGGGAUGAAGAAAUUCUGCAGACACUUCCUGUGGGAACCACAGCCAGCUUUUACUUCAGGGACCUGGGCCCCCAGCUCACAUGGGGGACGGUGUUCCUGACAGAGUGUGUUGGCCCACUGGUCAUCUACUUAAUGUUCUACUUCCAUCUUCCCUUCAUCUACUCUCCCAAAUAUGACUUCACCAGCAGCAAGCACUGGGUCGUACAUUUGGCCUGCAUAUGUCACUCCUUUCACUACAUCAAGAGGAUCCUGGAGACAAUGUUUGUCCAUCGCAUCUCCCAUGGGACCAUGCCUCUCAAAAACAUAUUUAAGAACUGUGGCUAUUACUGGUGCUCUGCAGCUUGGAUGGCCUACUACAUUAACCACCCUCUCUAUACCACACCCUAUUACGGGCAGAUGCAGGUGAAUAUAGGACUUUACGUUUUCUUGUUCUGUCAAGUUGGGAAUUUUUCCAUCCAUGUUGCUCUCCGUAACCUCAAACCACCAGGUUCAAAAGUGAAGAAGAUUCCUUAUCCGACAAAAAAUCCCUUCACAUGGAUGUUCUGGCUGGUGUCUUGUCCCAACUACACAUACGAGUUGGGCUCCUGGAUCGGCAUCACAGUGAUGACGCAGUGCGUGCCCGUGGCUUUCUUCACCCUUGUGGCCUUCAUCCAGAUGACCGUGUGGGCCAGAGGCAAACACGCCAGCUACGUUAAGGAGUUCAGAGAUUAUCCGACCCUGCGCUCCUCCAUGCUGCCCUUCAUCCUGUAGAGCCUGGCGGGGAAAGCACAAGUGAUACCCUCAUCCAUCCCCUCACUGAUCAGGUCUUUAUUUUUUUAAAGGGCCUUUCCACACUGGAUGUUAGAAAGUGUGUGUGCUGCUGUCAACAGCAUGGAUGGAUUUUGGUCGUAUGGACUCCAAUGUACCAUUUUGUUACAUAAACUCCAUAACAAGGAUUGUUGGACUGGUGAAUGCAGGACUGUUGAGAGGCGGAGGAAGCGAUCAGAGUUCAAAUACAGCAAAGUCUUAAUAUAAUGUUGUAUGUGAUUUUGGAAGGCUAGAGGAUAAGAACUGUAUUUUGCUACUUUUGAAAAAUACAGAUGCAACUAUGUAUUUUUGCUUUACUGUUGCAUUGAGAAUGCUGUUUAGUUAAAAAAAAAAACUUUUGGCAACAUGAUCAGUGUUUAAACCAAGAGGCUAAUCUGCAUUGUUAAACUAGUGUGCAGCCUGGAGCUGACCGCUUGGUGGCCUCACGCAGGCCUCUGCUCAUCCAAGUGACAUUUACACUAAAGUCAUGAUCUGGAUCAGAAAUUAACUGCAGAUUCCUACCAAGGUUGAGGAAAUGUUGUUCUCUUUUCAUCUGUAUAUAAAAACAAAUAAGUUAAAAAAAAACAGAAAUGUGUGCAUGUCCUACACAAACAUUAAAAAAAUGACUAACACAAGGUGAUUAUGGUGCAGAGUUAAACUGAAAAAGCUAAAAGAACAAGUGUCAUCAAACCAUCAGCAUAUAGGGUUACAUAUUUAGUAUGUUUUACUUAUCUGAAGCGCAGACGGACACUUUGUGGAGUUGCUUUCCAGCAUUAGAUAAUGACAAAGGGGCAAAUACACAUGCAAAAUAGUUUAUUCUUUGCUAAUCCAUUUUCACUGAAUGUGCAUUUUACAGAACAUUGCAUCGAACGAAAGUUUGUUUACAAUAUUUGAUGAACACUGAAGAGGGACCCUCACUCCCUCUUAAGGCAACUCUGACCCACUGAAACAAUUGUUUUUAGACAAGUUAUUAACACGACAAGUUAAAUAAACAGAAAAUAAGUGACUGAA